GAAGAACAAGACACUUAACGGUUGACAAGAUGAUGCAGUUUCCAAAAAGCAUCUACUUGGUUCUCCUAUUGAUUCUUGCUACAGUUAACCUUAUGAUUCCUGAAAAUCUCUAUGUAAACGGUGAUAAAACUUGCUAUGUUGAUCCGGUAAAUAAAAAUCUCCCAUGUGAAGGUGCAGUUCCAUUGGGGCAAAUUUGCAUACCCACGUGUAUUAAGCAAUUUGGACCAGGUUCAUCUGGAACGUGUUCGUGGGAUACUCCUGACAAACAUUGUCGUUGUUAUUAUGUAGCACCUACAUGCCCUUAAUUUUUCUUUAUAAGCAAUUGUAAUAAUGUACCCACAUGCCAUUUGGGUUGUUUAAGUAUACAAAGGAAUUUUUUUUCCCCCAUUGUCGCCAAUGAUAAAAGGUGUGUGUUAUGAAUUAGCUCAUCUCGAAUGUGUUCAUGAGAUAUUUCUCAAAAACAUUGUACUUUGUUGUUAGUAUGUAGCACCUACAUGUCCUUAAUGUCUCUGUGCAAGGAAAUUGCUAGAAUGUAUACCACACAACAUUUGGCUUGUUUAGUUUUCCA